AUGACAUGGCUCCAGGUCCAAUUCAAGAAACCUAUCCGCUCAUGCAUGUCGGCUUUCAACGUCGUCACUCAGCAAUCGCGUAUCGAGCGUUCCGCGCAGCUUGGAUUGAAGCACCUCUCACAGCUCGAACUCAUUCUAUGUGCAGUUUCUCCUGUCAACACCGCCUCCAGUGCUUUUUUGCAAACUGGCUUAGCUGUUCUGCUGCGCGCUUGA